UCAAAAUAUCGGUCGAUAUUAGUUUUUCUGAAUUAAUCGGGACUUGAAAUUAUUUUCUGAAAUUAACUAAAAUAAAUGAAAUUAUUUAGGGUAAACCGAUCUUAAGGGCUUAAACAAAAAAAAAAUCGGCCUGAUCAUGUCGGAAGAGAAUAAAUCAAUUCUCCACGAACUAUACGUAUAUUCGGAAUGGAAACCUGAACCAGAAUAUAUUCAAAAACCUGAUAACUUACUACUACCAGAAAACAUAUCAUCUUUAUGGAAGUGGCUUAAAUUUUUUGGACCCAAGAAGAAUUUAAUAGACAGUGUAACUGCUCAUAAAGAAAACCACCAAAAGUGGCAUAUCGCUCUUGGAGAUGAAGGGAAAGUCAUUGCUGUGUUAACUGACAAUAUAUUGGAGAUUAGAACAAAGAGAUCUGACUAUGCUACUAUUGCUGCUAGAANUCAUAAAGAAAACCACCAAAAGUGGCAUAUCGCUCUUGGAGAUGAAGGGAAAGUCAUUGCUGUGUUAACUGACAAUAUAUUGGAGAUUAGAACAAAGAGAUCUGACUAUGCUACUAUUGCUGCUAGAACUACAGUUAAUAGGGAUCCUUAUUCACAAUGGAGGAAACUCGUCUGGAGUCCCGAUUGCUCCUUUGUGGUUCUAGCAUAUGGGAAUGGCGUAGUUGGCUUCUUUGACUUGACUGCUUCAAACCUUUUCAAUAUUCCUAUUGAAUGUUCAAGACCAGAGGGCUUGGAGUGUUCAGACAACACUCAUGCAGUCGCCGACGUUAUAUUCAUGCCACUUAGGGUCAAAGACACCAAAUGGAACUGGGAAGUUCUAAUAGUGACAUAUGACGGUAAACUGCGUGGAUAUUUGGUAUCGCAGACAGAAGGGUUCAAAAUUCAUCAUACAUUUAAAUUCAGUGGAGGUGUGUCCGCUGUAGCAUAUAGUGAUCGACAUUCCACUCUUUACGUUGCUGGAGUACCUAGAGGUUCAGGAAAGGUAAGUUUUAUUUUCACGGACGCAGGACUCACAGCCUGGCGGAUACUAAAUGACGAUCCAUUCUAUAAACUGUCUGUUGUGUCGGACGAGCUCGAGGCGCAGUUGGCAAAUCAAAGAUUCCAGCUUUACAUUCCAUUUGUAACUUCUAAGAAUUUAGCAUUCAUAGUCCAAAUGCAGUUAUCGCCCGACGCGACCAGACUCGUAUGUCUGCACUGCAACGGAGACGUCUCGGUGUGGCGCCUCCCGCUGCUGAAAGCGGAACAUCGGUGGCCCUUGGAUACCCAACCGCUGCACGACCUAAGGAAUCCACUGAGCAAUGACGAUAAACCAACCAAGAAGGACCCGGUCAAAUAUUACGUGGCUGAUGUUAACUGGUGGAGUGGCGAGGAAAUAAUAGUGUCCAGAUUCAGCGGCGCCGUGUCUGUGUGUCCCGUCCAGGACAUGAUGAACAUUCUCGGGAAGAAACCCGAGUUCUUCCAGGGCGCACCACGGAUCACGUGUGCUCACGAGGGAACAUUCAUGGUGCUGGAAUGCGAGUCUAAUGUGUUGCCAGCGAAGAAAUCACGAAGUGACGAAAGUAUGGAAGUAGUGUCGACGGAUAACGACGAAGAGGAUACGAUGUUUGAAUUAACCAAAGAGCUGUUGAAGUCUGUGCUGUUCGCGAUCACCGAUAUCGAGACCUUCCAGCCCAAGCCGAAGCGGAUAACGGUCGUCUCCCGGGUGUACCGGCUGCUCGGAGUCAAGAGCACCACGCCCGCCGAACUAUUCUCCAGGAAGAUUGAAAACGGCAAGUACACGGAAGCCUUGGCUUUGGCUGAAGAGUUCGGGCUGGACAGUGACUUGGUGUAUCAGCAGCAGUGGAGGAAGAACCCCGUCUCUACAGAGGCCAUACAGAAGUACUUGAGCAAAGUGUCUAAGAAGAUCUGGGCGGUGCAUCAGUGCGUGGACCGCCUCCCCGAGACACUACCGGCCGCCAAAGAACUACUGCAAUUCGGGAUUCAACUUACCAAUGAGAGAAUACUUGAUGAAAUAAAUACGAACUCUGAGAACAAGAUAGAAGAUCCUGACAACAUAACCCUGGAGCAUCUCAACGCGUACACGAGCGAGCUGCUGCGCUGCAGGCACGUCAUGCUCUUCUACAGAGAUCGACUGGCGUUAUAUGAGGCGAUUCUACGCUGUGAGAAAUCAACAUACGUGAAAGACGAGUACGACCGGCUCCGCAGCAACAGCAUCGUGCACAGCGCCGCCGAGACCGCCAAGGAAGGCCGCGUCGAGGCACUCACCUGUCUGUGGCCUCAAAUCAAAACGGUCCCCAUGCAGCUGGCCGUUCUCGAGAAACUACCGGAGACAAUCAACCCCAUAGACUAUCAACAUUUGUUACCCACCAAGCAGGUCGUGCAGUGGUUCGAGAAGAAGUCCCCAAUUAAACUGCCGCCUUCGCAGUAUGACAACGACUGGUGCCGCAAAGCCAUCUUCAGGUCGAUAUGGAGUUCCAACUGGUCGGAAGACUGUACUCCCGAUGUCGAGACCGUCGCGGAUGUCUUAAUAGAAGACGAAGAGUUAGGGAAAUGGUACGAAAAGAGAGCGAGGGAAAUCGAAGAGAGAAGCGGCAUGGUUUCUCAUUCUCUUACCCUUGUGACUAUUGCGAUGGUCGGCGGCGGCGUUCAAGGCUUAGACAAAAUUAUGUUUCACCUCAUGACCCUGGACACUCUGGUCUACGAUAUAAACAUCGAAGGGGUCACGCUGAAGCAGCUCGAAGGUCUGCCGCCGCUGGAAAUUUGCACGCUUCUCAUGAAAACGUCGACGGCAGAAACGUUCGUGUCGGACUUGAAGCAGUACGUGAUCCCGUACCUGAAGCGCCUGGAGAACAGGUCCAAGGUCAACGACGUCUGCAUCAACGGCCUCAUCGACUAUCUGGUGCAUAUAAGCAUUGAAGACUUGUCUCCUAUACUCCUGGUGUUGCAGUCACCGACGGAGUUCGCGCUAGAUGUCUGCACUCAUUUGGAUCUAGUCGAAAAAUGUUUCUUCGCCUACACCGGCACCGACCUGGAGAAAGCGAACGCCCUGCUCGACACUAUACCGACAGAGAGCGACGGCAGCAUGUCGACGGCGGCGCUGCAGAGCGCGGCGGGGCGGGUGCGGCGCGCGUGCGGCGGCUGGGCGGCGCUGGCGGCGCGCGGCGUGCGCGUGUCGGGCGGCGCGCUGCGGGACCUGGCGCCGCACCGCGACCAGGCGCACGCGCUGCUGCUGCGCCUCGCCAGGGCCCUGCCCGCCGUUGAAGAAAAACCAACUGCGCAAGAUUGGGAGAAACUAUUGAAAGACAUAUUGAAUUUACAAUCAUCUUUAUUCACCUGCAUCAGUAAGACAGAAUGCUAUGAAAUCUACGCCACGUCGUUACUAACGUCGGGACACUCGCCCAGCGUCCGGCUGGCGGCCGACGUCAUGAACUGCUCGAAGUCGGCGCGGGGGGACAGCCGGAAGGUGCCGUACCCUAAGGCCUUGGAGCUGGUGCUGGCCGCCGCCACUGAGUACGUCAACUCCGCAUCAGGACUCGAGGAUCCCGCUCUCGAUAUUGCCAGGACGUGUCUAAUGCUGAUAAAAGAAAAAAAUGUAAAGAAAAUCGAAGAAGAGCUGGAUCUGAUCUCGUCAUUUCAAAUACUCAAUUCGUUUGAGGUCCCGCUACUGCCCAUACAAGUACGUUUGUGCGAAGACAGACUGUCUCUGGUCGAGCAGUGCCUGAGGCUGGACCUGAACGGGUACCUGGCGGGCCCCAAGCUGCUGAAGCUGGCCACGCUGCUGAGGGUGGCCGGAGACGACGAGCACACUCGCGAGGGUGAAGUACUGUCGCUGAUCGGCAAGUACGCGCUGGAGGCGGGCGCAGCAGGUGCGGGCGCGGCGGCGGAGGCGGGCGCGCGUCUGGCGCCGCGAAAGCUUAAAGUAAUAAAUCUGUUCAGGUUGAGCUUGGAGUUGGAGAGUCUCCAGCAGACCGGCGUGUUCGUAAGGGAGCAGCAGUUCCUGACCGACCGAUGGCCCUCCACAGACGACGAGUUCGCCGACGCCAUAACAACUCCGGUGAUCGAGAGGAAAGAUAUCGUGCCCACCACUAAAGACAAGAAGCCACCAAGGAAUUAUGUCCUGAACACGUUUCAAUAUAAGUACGAUAUAAGUGAGAAGUCGAGUCCGGAGAGCGCGGAGGUGCGCUACCCGGAGUGGUACGCGCGUGUGUACGGGGGCGGGGCGCGCGCGGGGGGUGACGGGGCGCCUGCGGGGGGUGAUGGGGCGCCCGCGGGGGGCGAUGGGGGACACUACUCGUACGGCCGGUUCGCGGUGGAGCGCCCGACCGGCACUGCGCAUGCGCUGCUCUCCGCCUACUACAUACAGAACUGUCUCGAACACGGAUACACGGCGCAACUAGAGGCCGAAUUGGUCCAGAAGUGCGGGGAAGAGCUGCUGUACAGAGACACGCCGUUGAGCGUGGCCUGCCUGCUGCGGUCCACUCAGGAGUACGACGUGACGAAGAAGUUCUUGGAGAGUCAGCACACGGACGCGGCCGUCAGCUGCGCGCUGUACGCGACGCUCGUGCACUGCAACUCAGCCGCGCUCCGGGACGACGUGUACUUGACCAAGCCGACCAAAAUGGCCAGGAUGACUUUGAAGCAGAAGAACGCUUCGGAAGUGCAGCUGAAGGUGAUCAACGAGUGCGUCGACAAGCUGACCGGCAUGGGCGAGGUGGCCGCGCUGCGCAACCUCGGCGUCGCGGUCAACGGGCUCCUCUUCAACGUCGACGACGAGUACAGGCGGGAGCUCAUCUACAGGCUCGCCGGGUCUAAGGAGAAGAAGCACGUGGAGGUGGCGUGUUCUCUAGCGGACAAGUACGGGCUGGACGCGUUGGAGAUGUGGCUCGCGCACGCGGGGACCGCGGGCCGCGUCGCCGCGCCCCCCCGCCUCGCCGCCCGCCUCACCGCCGACCUCGCCGCCUACAACCGUAUACGAGAAGUGCUCUGGCCGCAGCUCCGCGGCGACGACCACAGCUCGCUCAUUAACUUCUUCACGCUGCUGAAAGGGAUCGAUGAGAAACAAGUGCUCUUCGGAAUGACCGUCAUGGAGCACAUCAAGCUGCUCAAGAAAGCCAAAGCUGCUUCCCCAGAGCUGGACUACAAGCUGCUGCUGGAGCCGGGCGCGGCGGAGCGUCUGUCUGCGCACGUGGUGGACAUCAUGAGGCCGGAGAACGUGGGCAUCGUCGGCAAGUUCCUCAGGACGCUGCCGCCCGCCUUCAAGACGCCCAUCUCCAUCAACAGCAUCUACACGAAGUGGCUCACCAAACAUUUUUUUAGCGUCCCUUCGAACGCGACCAACAAGAAGUGGAUGCAACAAUACAGACAAUGCUCGAGUUACUUCAACAAGCUCUCCAAAGAGGAUCUCCUGCAGUUUGUGGCCGACACUUGCUUCUCUGAUGAUGCGGUUCAACGCGUUCCUGCCGGUACUCGUAGCCUGAUGAUACUACAAGCGGUCGAUUACUGCCAGCAAGAGCAGGAGAACGAUCACAAGUCGAACAAGAGCGAACAAACAUGGGCGCAAGUAGGACAGGAGCUGACGCGCUGGGCUCGCUUCCUGGAGAACUUCCACUCGUCCAGCGUGCAGGCCAUCAUCGACUCCACGGACGUGCCCCGGGAUACGAUUUGGCCUGAGAUAGAGAAGAGUCACGGUGACGCGGAGCGCGUGGUGUCGGGGCUGGCGCGGCUGGUGCUGCGGGGCGGGGCGGGCCGCGCGCCCCCGCUGGCACCGCUGCUGCAGUGUCUGCACGUGCCCGCGCCGCCUGCGCACGUGCUGCGCGCCGCCGCGCAAGCACUCGCCGACCAGAGUGAGGCGCAGAUCCUAGUGGAGCGCGUCGUGCAGUACCACAAGGAGGGCGUGAAGCUCCCCCCGGAUGUGCUGGACGAGGUGGUGCAGAGCGUGGCGGCGCUGGGGCUGGCGCCGCACCGGCUGGCGGGCGUGCUGGCGCUGUCGGGCGAGCGCGGCGGCAGGCGCGGCCUGCGCUGCGGCGCCGACCUGCUGCGCGAGCACUGGCCGCACCGCGCCGCCGCCGUCACAGAGGAGGCAUUGGCGAGUGAAGAAGGUCGACGUGAAUUAUUCGAGAAGUUUCUUGAGGAGUCCGACACUUGGCAACAGAGGAAGGCUCUGGUCGACGUGCUGAACUGCUGGCCUCCGACUACUUCCAGCGAGUCGGCGAGUCUGCAGUGCGAGUACCUGUACGCGCUGCUGACGAACCCUCUGGACAGCAAGGAGAGCUUGGAGCUCAUCAAGGCGCUGCUCAGCCGGCCCGUCCUCAGCGAGCAGGAAAUUAAAUGGCUGAUCGACGACGUCGCCCCGGACGCAGUCGUGAACGCCAUCUGGAUUCUCUUGCUCAGUAAAUAUCAACAUUCCAAAGAAGAGAUACUGAACAUAUUGCAACAGCACAAGGAAGAAGUUGCGAAACAAGAAAUCGACGAUGAGCUGGUCGCGGAGUUGCUCCGCAACGACUUGUUCGUGAGUCUGGUCGGCACUCCGCUGUACCCCAAAGUGCUCAGCUACAUCAUCAGCCGGGAGGGGGGCUCCGAGGACGCGCCGUACUCCGUGCCGUGGGCCACGCGAGAGCUGCUGAAGGCCAACUACCUGGCCGAGGCCGGGCACCUCCGUCUGAUGGCUGAUGGCGUCCCGCCGCCCCUGCGAGGGUUCUCUCAGUCCGUUCUGUAUUGUAAGAAUAUCUUUAAGAAAUAAGUUCUAUCUGUUAAAUCAAUUGUGAACAAUGUAAACAUUAUUAUUACGUUGCCCUAUUUAUUUCUGUUUAAAUUAUUAAAUCAUCGAUUAAUGAAAUGGCAUUGUUUUAUUUUUAUUUU